CGCCGACACAUGACGAGUUCCAGAACAGAGCCCCCUCACAUCCACCAUGUCCAGCUCAAAUCUGAGAAUCCCCCUCCCAAACCCACGCUUUUCAAUCUUUGAAGAAGGCUUUUUAGCUCAUUCAUGGCGGAUUUCUGGUCUCUGGGGUCUCCUUCUCUCCCGGCUUUCGCUUAAUCUUCAUGCACGUGGCUUUCUCAAGCUCUGUUUCUAGUGAUUUCACUGUCUGACUUUUGUUCCCAGGCCAAUGAAGAAGUAGAAAACGAGGUUUAUUUAUGUUAACUCCUGGAAGGUAGUCACGGUACUUUUGAUUGACUUCAGCUGAAGCUCUGGAGUGGAACGAUCAAUGCGUUUCCAGGAUUUAUUGUUACUCUUUCUAGCAUUAUUUCCCACAGUUCUAACACAAACUGUUGAUCAUGCUGCAAUUGUGAUUGACACGACCAAAAAGAUUGGAGAUACGGACGCUAAUUAUAUAUGUGCUACACUUGAUUGGUGGUCUCAUGAAAAGUGUAACUACAACAAAUGCCCUUGGGGUUAUUCAUCUGUGACAAACCUGGAUUUAUCUCACCCGUUUUUGGAAAAUGCCAUUAAAGCUUUCAAGGGCUUGCGGUUGCGACUUGGAGGUUCAUUGCAAGACCAAGUUCUUUAUGAUGUGGGCAAUUUGAAGGCUCCCUGCCAUCCCUUUAGAAAGCAGAAGGAUGGGCUGUUUGGAUUUUCUAAGGGAUGCCUACAUAUGUAUAGGUGGGAUGAACUAAACCGCUUGUUCAAGAAGACAGGAGCACUUGUGACAUUUGGUUUGAAUGCGUUACAUGGGAGACAGAGGUUUAACAAGCAGUGGAGAGGAAGCUGGGAUUCCAGCAAUGCCCGUGACUUUAUAAACUACACCAUUUCCAAGGGUUACCAGAUACACUCGUGGGAAUUCGGCAAUGAGCUAUGUGGUCCAGGUGUUGGUGCAAGUGUUGAUGCGAAACUGUAUGCAAAAGAUACGAUCAGACUACGUUCUCUCAUACAUCAACUGUAUGAGAACUUCCACUUGAAACCUCUUAUAUUGGCUCCGGGAGGCUUUUAUGAUAAGUUGUGGUUCGAACAGUUCCUUGAUGCUUCGGGGCCAUCCACUGUCAAUGCCUUGACUCAUCAUAUAUACAAUCUUGGACCAGGAUCUGACACCAAUCUCACGAGCAAAAUCCUAAAUCCCAAUUACCUAAAUAAGAUAUCAGAUACAUUUCAAAGUCUUUCACAAACCAUUCAAGCAAAUGGUCCUUGGGCUUCAGCUUGGGUUGGAGAAUCUGGCGGUGCAUAUAAUAGUGGUGGUGAGCAUGUGUCGAACACCUUCAUCAACAGUUUUUGGUAUGUGGAUCAGCUUGGGAUGGCAGCCAAAUACAAGACAAAAGUCUAUUGCAGGCAAACCUUAAUCGGUGGGAACUAUGGGCUCCUUGACACAAACACUUUUGACCCGAAUCCUGAUUAUUACAGUGCACUUCUUUGGAACCGGCUUAUGGGACGAGGAGUGCUUGAUGUUAAAAGCAAUGCCUCACCGUAUUUACGUUCUUACGCACACUGCACUAAAGAAAGAGCUGGUGUAACCCUGCUUUUAAUCAACCUAAGCAAUCAAACGGAGUUCCGUGUUGACAUAAAACCUACUACAAGCACCAGCAUGCAUGCCAAUGUGAGACCAAAUCACAAGAAAAGGUCCUUCCUGCACCGGCUUAAGCAAAUUGUUUCAUGGGUUGGAAGCAAAUCGUUGGAUCUUUCGUUGUCCCGAGAAGAGUACCAUCUAACUCCCAAAAACGGGUACCUUCAAACCCGAACCGCACUGCUGAACGGAAUCCCACUGCAACUUACAGAAGAUGGAGACGUCCCGGGCUCUUCGCCGGUCCUUAGAGAUUUGAAGUCUCCUGUCUCUAUACCCCCAUUGUCCAUCAAAUUCAUUGUGUUCCCCAACUUCAAUGCCCCAUCUUGCCCUGAGGUUUGAAGCAUCAUGCUUUUUUUACAAAUGAUUUGGUAAAUUUAUUAUGGUCCCGUUUGGUACACGGAAUUCAAACUAUGGAAUUGGAAUAGAGGACUUCAAUUUCAAUUCUGGUGUUUGGUAGCAUAAAAAUUAUGUAGAUUUGGAAUUGAUAGUGCAAAAAAUGAAUUGGAAUUGGUGAAUUCAAUUUUAUGGAAUUGAAUCCCAUGUAAUUUCAAUUCCAAUUCCAUCAAUUCCGUAUACCAAACGGACCCUAUAGUUUUUCCGUAUCACUGGCUUAUGUUGCAUUCUUAUAACUGUGCAAAUUUUACUUCCCAGUUCCCACACAUGACUGCAUUUGAUUCAUGAAAUAAUGUCAAUAUGAUUUG